AUGCAACGAUCCAAUGUACACCAUCGUUCAUCUAUUUCAAAAUUAGUUAUGGAUUAUCCAUGGACAAAAACGAAAGAAGAUGUUGUUAAUUUUUAUAAAGUUGAUGAAAAACUAGGUCUCACAGAAGAACGCGUUACACAAGAUCUUGAAAAAUAUGGACCUAAUGAACUACCAACUGAAGAAGGUAAACCACUAUGGAAACUUAUCUUAGAACAAUUCGACGAUCUUCUAGUCAAAAUUUUACUUGCUGCUGCUUGCAUUUCAUUUGUAUGUUGA